AUGAUCCUGCAGUGGGGGUUUUCCGGCAUUUCAACUUUCGCGCACUUGAACCACACGAAGUGUUUAGUUGCUCCAGAUGAGGCCUUCGACAUUGCUGUUUUGGGCGUGCCUUUUGACACUGCAACCUCAUAUCGUCCAGGUGCCAGGUUUGGGCCCCGAGCAAUCCGCGCGGCGUCAUCCAGACAGCUUACUUUCCGCGGUUUUAAUCACCGCGCUGGGAUCAACCCAUUCCUUUCUUGGCCCCGAAUCCUCGAUUGUGGCGAUAUCCCUGUCAACCCAGUCGAUAAUGCCCUCGCUCUCCAUCAAAUGACUUCAGGAUACCUGGAACUGCUCUCACGUCAGCCCUUUACGGUGGGCCAUCCGGCAUCCCAUCAGCACCCCAAGCUAAUUACCCUCGGCGGCGAUCACAGUGUCGCUCUGCCGGCUCUGCGUGCAUUGAACCGGAUCUAUGGAAAACCUAUAUCCGUCCUCCACUUUGACGCUCAUCUCGAUACCUGGCACCCAGGUAAAUAUCCCUCUGCGUGGGCUGGCAGCCCUACUCAAGCGGACUUCAAUCACGGCAGUAUGUUCUGGACUGCUCGCAACGAGGGUUUGAUCGCCAAUUCAUCCUCCGUCCACGCAGGCCUACGCACCCGCUUAUCCGGACACGACUAUGUCGAUUACGAAGAGGAUGAAAAACAAGGAUUCCUUCGAAUCGAGGCUGAUGAUAUCGAGGCUCUGGGAGUUGAUGGAAUUGUUCGCGAAAUUAUGCAGCGAAUGGGCAGUGAGAACCCUGUAUAUCUCAGUAUCGAUAUCGACGUUGUCGACCCAGGUCUCGCGCCUGGGACAGGAACUCCUGAGGUUGGUGGCUGGACAUCUCGGGAAAUGAUUCAGAUUCUGCGCGGCAUCGACGGGCUUAAUCUUGUGGGUGCUGAUGUGGUUGAAGUGGCGCCAGCUUACGAUGUGACCGGGGAAUCAACGGCAUUGGCGGCAGCACAGUUCGUCUACGAAAUGAUGACUAGCAUGGUGAAGCGGGGCCAACAAGAAAGGGGGGAGUACGUGGAAGUUCAUCGCCCUGGUAAAGUUUUCUCGGUUGGCCGUGAUGCCAAAGACCCAGCUGUUGUUGGCGAGAUUUUGAAUGAUCGCAAAACAGAGCUUUGA